AUGGGUUGUUGCUUUUCUAUAUCGCGCGACAAUAGCCGUCCUUCCUAUGCAGCGCAGGUAGUUACCGAAGAGCGCCGUCCCGAAGACUCUCAUCCCCAAGCCGCCGCAACAAGCAAUGCGCUCACCUCCGGCAACUCAUCUACCAGGGCGCGCGCCCCCCGCAUCAGGGCAGAACACUUCCCGCUGAGCCAGCAUUACAAUGCGCCUAUCCGUCGUCACGUUUGGUAUAGCAAACGGCGUCUAUGGACCCGCACACAACUGGACCAGGAGCGCACCGAGUUCUUCGAAACCAGGGUCACGGGUCGUUCAGAGAUCUGGGCGGCUUUGUCUGCGGCCAUCACUUUGAUGCGCGCCGGUGAUCUCGCAACAGCGCAGAGUUUCAUUGAUGCAGCCGGCAUCACCGUCCCCACCGGUGAUCUCUGCCAAGGCUGUUACGACGAGCAAGGUGUACUCUACCGGCUACCACAGUGCAUUGUGAGCGACCCAGAGAAUAUCGUGCGAUCCGACGAGGAGCCCGAUGACUUCGAUACGGAUGACGGCAAGCUAUCUUCAGACGAAGCCUCAGGGGAUGAAUUAAUAGCCGAUGACAUCGAACGUCGUCGGGACGAAAAGGGCAAGACUAGCGAGCGUGAUCUGAUCCGCAUUCGUGCGCGAUUGAGCGAUAGAGGCGGUCCCGACAUCGUUCUGUCAGUGGUGAAGACCAUGAACGUCGGCUUGAUAGCCCGUAAAGUGCAACAAGAGGCAGGGAUUCCGCGCACUCACCGUGUGAGAUUCGUCUACCUAGGCAGAAUGCUCAAGGAACAUGUGCCCCUAGUCGACCAGGGAUGGAAUUCCGCCCACGUUAUCAGCGCCCUCGUUGUCCCGCGACAAUCGGUGUCCUGA